AUGGAUGGUGCCAACAGCCUGCAUGGUAAUCCAGAGUGUCGAGUAUACCCAAAAACGGAUCGCAAUUUUGUGACAUCCUAUCAUCAGCGUGUGACCCACUAUAUAAACUACCGAUGGUUCAGUGAGCGCGAAUUUACUGAUCGGAAGGCCCGUGAUUCGAACCUAACCUCUGAAUCUCGACUUCUCCUGGAUAGACUUGGACAGCCUGUCAGUAUCCCAGGACCUCGUGCUUCCUUCGGGUGGCAUGGCAGCGAGGCGGCCUCAUUCAAUGCCACAGCCAAGGCAGCGAUUGAGUUGUUGUGUGGGCCGCCUUGCAAACCGGGGAAGACCGCCUCAUUGAUGAGACGAUCAAAGCCGAAAUUAAACAAACUUAUAAAGAUCGGCCUCUCCAAAGCCUGCUCUUCUCAGUGUCGGCGCUUCUGUCUGCAGUACAAUCCAGCCAACCUCAUCCAAGCAAUGAGCAUAACCCGCGAUAGAUUCCUUCCGGUUGAAACCUCAAUUCAACUCAUCCGACACAAGGUAGAACUGGGCGUCCGUGCAGACUGCGCAACUGGCAGGGACCAAAAUAACUCCCUGACAUUCGGGGAAGUGGGCUACCUGCUACCUCCAAUACGGUCUUUCCGCAAAAACGUAGACUGUGAAUAUGGAGCCCCCCAGUACGCGGUUAUUACAGCUGAUAAUGAUGAUGAUGAUGAUGAUGAUGAUGAUGAUGAGCCCCCCUUCAGCCUCAGAAGUGUCUACUCACGCGUCAUUGUGCCAUUGGUCCUGAAGACCUUCCACCUGCUCUGGAUGAUGAUAGGACGGUACGACUUUACCCCCAGACCACCUCGUACCACGAUUACUCGUAGUACGGGGUCUCGCUGCUCUUGGUCUGGCUGCUCCCCUUUGGCCUUCCUGGCAUGGUUGCACCUUGUGGAACGAAGUUCCAGCCAGUGUAGCCCGCGGGAUCAUUGCAGCACUGAAGCCCGACCACCACGUCAAGGUGGCAGCUUUAGGUCGGGUGCUCUGUUAAACGAGCUCCUCAGUCAGUGCCUGUCUAGCCUAUUUGUGUCUAUCUGGCGGAAGUCGACUGUCCAAGACACCUGGGAUGAGUCGAUAAUGGUGUCCAUUUCCAAAAAGGGUACUCACAGCUUGGGGCAACUUGGCAGUAUCCCAGUCCUUCUGGUGGCAUGGCGGUUAGGCACUGAGAGGGUGCUACAGCUGAACGAAGGUUUUUUGAAAUAA